AUGGCGACCAGCGACGAACUCGCCCAGGUCGACAUCUCCACGGAGGAGAAGGACAAGCUGGUGGCCGAGGUGAUGCGCUACGCGCUCUUCAAGACGCACCAGAACUCCGGCUGCCCCAUCAAGCGGGAGGAGCUCACGCAGAUCAUCACCAAGAACUACCGCCAGCGAGCGCUCCCUGCGCUCGUCAUCAAGGAGACUGGGGACAGGCUUGCCGCGACCUUCGGCUAUGAGAUGAGGGAGCUCCAGAGGACCCGCUCCACGUCCACCCGCUCUGGACGCCCCUCCUCCCAGCAGCCCAGUAAUCAGGACGCAAAGAGCUACGUCCUGGUAAGUAAGCUGGACCCUGAGGUGUACAGCAAGUAUGUCGAGGAUAAGGAGCGUGCCCAUGUGUCUGGAUUUGCUUUUGUUGUCAUAAGCAUUGUUCAUGUCGCUGGUGGCAAGAUCUCUGAAGAGGACCUUUGGCGUCAGCUUAAACGGCUGGGCUUAAACGAGACUGAUGAGAACCACCCUGUUCUCGGCAACAAUAAGCAGGCGCUUGAACUACUAGUGCAACAAAGGUACUUGCUGAAGGAGAAGAUUGCUGGUCCAGAAGGCCAUUCCAUGGUUUAUGAGCUUGCAGAGAGGGCAUUGGAUGAAUCCAUCAGCUCGAAGCUUAAAGAAUACAUUUCACAGCAAGUCAUUGCGUCCUCCAUAUCGUGCAGCAUUAACAGCUAUAAAAUGUUUAGCAAGGAACUAGAUUUUUUUUUAUUUUGA